AUGUCCAAAAGAAGAAAGGCAUCCAGACCUCCUAGCUACGCCCCUUUACAACUAACACUAAAGAAGCCUCGGAUCUCCUGUUCCUUCAGAUUUUUUCGCCCACAGGAAAGCUGCAGCAGAGUAGGUGAAGCUGCGAAAGCUCUCACAACCCUACCAGAGGUGUAUUUCCCUCAAACAACGAUACUUGCAGGCAAUCUCAACCUACUACACAACAGAUGGCAACCCUCGCUACAACAUAGCCCUACAACUUUUGCAGAGCUGUUUAUCAACUGGCUGGAUCUCCAGGGUCUAGUACUCAUUUCUGACAUAGACUGUCCCACACAUGAAAGGGGUAACGUGUUAGACCUCAGUUUCGCCUCAAGCCCUCUGGCACUCGCAGGAGCCAAAGCUAGCAUAGCGAGCCACUUAGAUGCAACCUCAGAUCAUCAACCACUAAUCACCACUGUUCCAUGGGAUCAGAGAUACAAGGAAACAGCCCAGAAACUGAGAUUUGACACACUAGACCACACCUCCUUCCUCUCGCUCCUCGCCUCUAAUCUCGCUAGCACCGAGAGCUCAGCCGUAACAGAAGAAGAUCUUGAUGCCCUUGCUGAAAAACUGACAUCUGCAAUUCAAGGAGCAUAUAGAGGCUCUGCUAAGAGGACCAUAACACAAGGCAUAGAACAACCAUGGCCUCUACUCAAAGACAGACUUCCGCAGGAUAACAAGAUGCUCUCUAUGGCAACACAAAUGAAGGAUGUCUUUGAUAUGAGCACCUUCCGAAGCCCUCCACUGAAGGAUCCACUGAGACCCAAUAGCUUCCCAGCAGUUACUAUACAUGAGAAACGAGACGUACUAGUCCGUAAUCUUCUCCAAAACUCGGCUGAGGCAAGAGACAUACCGCUGGACUCCCCAGCAGUCCCUACCACUAGUCUCUACUUCCUAGAUAUAACAAUGGCACAGGUGGAGGAGUCAGUACUUCAGGCAGGAAACACAGCCCCUAGCUCAGACAAAAUCCCAACCUGCAUACUCAAAGUGGCAUGGCCUCUGAUCAAGGACAAGAAAUCAAAAAAGACUGAUUGGUCCUCACCUAGAUUAUAUAGACCAAUCGCUCUCCUAUCAGUUCUUGGCGAAGGACUUGAGCGCUUGAUGGCAUGGAAUAUGGCAUGGAUCUCUAUACACUACAAAGUAUUAGCAAGGCAACAGUUUAGGGCUCUCCCACUAAGAUCUGCAAAUGAUCUAACUACAUGCCUAACACAUGAUGUUGAACAAGCACUAAAUCAAGGCAUGACUACCUCACUCCUUACCCUAGAUGUUAAGGGCGCUUUUAAUGCCGUGCUUCCCGGUAGACUCAUCCGCAGAUUAUGUGAGCAGGGCUGGCCCACUAAUCUUGUUCUCUGGAUUGCCUCCUUUGCUACUGGGCGAUCAGUCCAGAUCUGA